UUAUGAGGAUCGAGUCAAGCUCAACUAUGAAGGGUCCCGAGAACAUCUCACUUUGCUUCUCCUGCAAGAGUAACAUGAUAUAACUACGUUUCACUUCAAGUGAAUAUUAAAUCUCUUCAGUCGUUUCAUAAAUACAGCAUCGAUCGUCUGGUUUGGUUUUUUUAAGGAUAAAGAAAGGGAUGGGGAAAGGAGAUCUAGUGAAGAGUACUGUAAAAAAAAAAAAAAAAUUCAGUGCUGAAAGCGUUGAUGAGUCACUAAAUAAGGAAUAACUACAGAGAAUCCAACUGAGUCUCAGGUAAGAUAGUACUUAAAGUUGACGAUGGGAAAUAAAACUUCACAGGUCAGUCCCAAGUCACUGUGCACCCUAGCAGCCCAGGGAAGACGCGUGGCUGUCAAGGGGCAAGUGCGUACCAAGUCUGAGGGAGGGGGCCAGAUACGCCAAAUCGGAAAGGGGGGUGGUCCGGAAAAGGGGGGUAAGAUGCCUAUCCUAGUCCCUCUCUUCGGGCUCUUCAUCUCAAGGGAACAAACAAGAGCAAACUCAGUGUCGAGAGGCCCCAAACCGGACUCUCCUACAGAAAGGUGCUCGAUCCCAAGCCCAGGAGACCCGGGAAGGCCGCCUCCGGAGGAGCCCCCGCAGACGCCAUACUAAAAGCCAAAAUGGCUGCCCCGAGGAGGCCCGCACCGCGUCGCUAGUGAAGGUUGGGGAGCAAGCUUCUGCGGGAAAGAGGGAAGAGGACUCCAGGAAAAGCCGUUGAGAAGACCAUCACACCCGGAGCAGCACAGGUUCCAGUUACAGCCAUCCCUUGUCAUAACUUUUGAACUGUAUUUGGAAAAAUACUGGCCGGGAAAGAAAAAUGAUAAAAUUUUUCCUCAUGGUGAAUAAACAAGGGCAGACUCGACUUUCUAAGUACUAUGAACAUGUGGAUAUUAAUAAGCGUACACUUCUGGAAACAGAAGUCAUAAAGAGCUGUCUCUCUCGAUCCAAUGAACAAUGCUCUUUCAUUGAAUAUAAGGAUUUUAAGCUGAUAUAUCGGCAGUAUGCAGCUCUCUUCAUUGUGGUUGGAGUUAAUGAUGCUGAGAACGAGAUGGCUAUUUAUGAAUUCAUUCAUAACUUUGUGGAAGUUUUAGAUGAGUAUUUCAGCCGAGUGAGUGAAUUAGAUGUAUCCUUUUUCAAUACCGUUUUCCACGGUACUUGGCAAACGCACUCUGGUCCUUAUCAGGAACCAAUUGAUGAACUUCCCAAAAUAUGCUCAGCCCUGGAGCCCCAGCAGGCUUGCUUUUCUCCAGAUAGUUCAUCAUUCAAAGGAGCUGCCUCCACCACCCCCAUCUACUGAAUAGCCAGGGGAGGGCACCAAUGAACAGCACAGUAUGGGAGACACACUAACUACUCUUCAAAUCAGUGCGUACCUGCUCUAUGCAGGAAGGUACAGAAAACCUCCACAGCUUUUUCAGUAUUUGGUGCCUUUAAAGAGGCCUAAAGACUUAGUUUAUUUUGGCUAGAAUGGAAUGCAGCAGUACUGCCUUCAGGCCUGGACAGCCAGGGGCUCCUCGGCCCUGUGCUCUAGAGGACCCACUCUGUGUCUGCUUCGCGAGCACCCUUUCCCCAUCAUGGGGCAGAUGCCCAGCAGCCCUCGCUAUCCACUGCUUGACCAUCCUCUGACUUCUCGGGCCCCUAGAAUUUAUAAGGCCCCUAGAUAUCCCAGAACCUGCCAUCACGGCCUCUGCAAGCCUCUCCUCCACCUUCACCCCAAGACUAGGGGCAGGAAUGAUAAGAAGGCCGGGCUGGUAGCUGGGAUGCCCCACCUACGUGCCUGGGGAGAGAAGCAACAGCAGGCUAGAGUCUCUACUUUAUAUUCUUGGAGGCACAAAUAUAGGCUAGAAUGCGGAAUGUUUUCUUGAUUUAAAGACAUCUUUAGGCCGGGCACAGUGGCUCACGCCAG